AUGGCCGACCAGAGGAAAGGUAGCCUUGAAGAUACACCAACAUGGGCUGUAUCAGUAUUUGCUUUGUUUAUCUUCGUGCUAUCCUUUAUAAUCGAUGAUGGUCUUCAUCGUCUAACGAAGUUUCUUAAAGGAAGGAGAAGAAAAUCCCUGAAUAGGGCUUUGAAGAAGUUCAAAACAGAAAUGAUGCAACUGGGUUUCGUAUCACUGCUUCUUACUCUGUCGGAAGUACCAAUAUCGAAUAUCUGUGUCUCUCAAGUUGUGGCAAACUCUUUUCUUCCCUGUGAAUAUCCCCUGGAUUCAACUACUGUCUCAUCAGCCGCACAACUUCCAGCUUCAAAUACCAACUUCUCUAAGGAAGUCACCACUCAAACUUACUGCGAGGCAAAGGGGUUGGUUUCUCUAGUGUCAAGGGAAGGAAUCCUGCAGCUAAACAUCUUUAUAGCCGUCUUGGCAGUGUUUCAUGUUCUCUACUGCAUCUUAACUAUGUUUCUUGGGAUGGCCAAGAUGAGAAAAUGGAAUGAAUGGGAGGAUGAAACUCAGACACUAAAUUAUCAGAUUCUUAAUGAUCCAAGGAGGUUCCAGCACACCCAUCAAACUCCUUUUGGGAAACGACAUCUAAAGAUCUGGAGUAAACACCCUCUCCUGCUAUGGCCUGUUUGUUUUGCUCGGCAGUUUGGUGGCUCAGUAUCAAAAGUAGAUUACAUGACUCUGCGAAAUGGUUUCAUUGUGGCCAACAUCAAAGAAGGUAGCAGCUUCAAUUUCCUGAACUUCCUUGCUAGAGCUUUCGAUGACGAUUUUGAGCAAGUGGUUGGAAUCAAGUUUUGGAUUUGGAUCUUUUCAAUUCUAUUCAUUUUUUUCAAUGCUCAUGUGUUCUACAACUAUUAUUGGCUACCAUUCAUUCCCUUACUGAUUGUUCUACUCGUGGGAACAAAGCUGCAAGUCGUGAUAACUAAAAUGUGCGCGGAGAGUUGUAAGAAGAAUCCUGUGAUUCGCGGAAGCUUUAAGGUGGAGCUCAAUAAUGAUUUAUUCUGGUUUGGUCAACCCCAUUGGCUUCUUCAUCUCCUACAGUUUGUCCUAAUCCAGAACUCGUUUCAGCUGGCUUUCUUGACCUGGAGUUGGAUUGAGUAUGGCCAAAGUUCAUGCUUUAAUCGAAGAACAAAAGAUGUUAUCAUAAAGAGUACUAUGGGAAUUUUUGUGCAGUUGAUUUGUGGUUAUGUAACCCUCCCUCUUUAUGCACUGGUUAACCAGAUGGGGUCUGGCAUGAGGAAAGCAGUAUUUACCGAGCUCGUAGUUGAUGGCCUAAAAAACUGGCACAAGAAUGCAAGACACAGACUAUCGAAGAAUGGAUCCACUACUUCAAGGAAAUCAUCAAAUUCUGCACAUUUUUAUUCAACAGAUGACUCCUCAAUUCUAGACAAUGAAUGUAGCUACAAAACUCCUAAUCCUACCAUCGUGAGAAGCUCUUCUUCUACCUCCGAGAUAAUUGAAGAGCAGGUUCCACCCGGUUUAACUCCGAAGAAUGGAUCCAGUACUUCAAAAUCAUCAAAUUAUGCACAAUUUUAUUCAACUGAUGACUCCUCAAUUCCAGACAAUGAAUGUAGCUACAAAACUCCUCAUCCCACCAUCGUGAGAAGCUCUUCUUCUACCUCCGAAAUAAUUGAAGAGCACGUUCCACCCGGUUUAACUCCAAACCUGGAUACUACAAGUUUACCAACUCAAGAAAUCACCAGAGACGAAGAGAAACCCAACAUCAUCAACAAAAUAAUCUAUGACGGUGAGAUCUCAUUUGGGAGUAGUUGGAAAUUAAAGCUGGAGAGCAUUAGCAAGAGAAGUGGAGAAAUCACUUCAAUAAUUGAAGAAGAAGUUAACUUCGAUCAGUGAUAAGUAAAAACCGCUCAAGGCUUUACAGUAUCACCGAUAAGUAGAAAUCACUUUAAUAAGUAGCCUCUCUCUCAUACCUACUUAUGGCUUACACACCGUCAGAUUCUGUGUGUAUGCCCUACAUAUGCGUGUGUAUAUAGCAGAAAUUCCGUAAGUAGU